GCAGAGAAAGAUGUCUCCUCACCAAACCACCUAAUCGCCCUCGUCCCAUCUCUGACUAUGUUCGAGGCCGAGCAAUUCUUCACCUUCCCACCGGGGUCUCCCAGCGCUUCAAGGGCGUACAAGGACAGUCAAAGCAAGGACCUCGCCGUAUUCAGCCAGUGGAUGCUCUACUUCGAGCCUCGUGUCAAGUUGCUAAACCAGCGCAUAACCGUCUGCGACAACUUGCAAGCGCGCCAGGCGCUCGAGCUUUCGCAAGACUGGGCCAGAUUCGAGGACGCGAUGAAACAGCUUAAGCUUUCUCGUCAAUCCGAGCAGCGCCUGCACGAAGGGGCGCUCGUGCUGCUGAGAACGCUGUGCCAAUAUUGGUCCAACUACCACAACGCGUUCGAGAAGCGUGGCCCGGACGUGCUCCUCUCGCCAAUCCUGCGAGCUGAUAUGCCGAAUAUGAUUGGCUGGUUUAGUAACCUGAGAAUCGACGCUAUCGUCUUUGAGGGGCACCUCACGCGAGGCGGAAGAUACCCGAAGUACUUGGAGGUGUUCCGACACGCCUUGUGCCAUCGCGUUCGCAACAAGGAGGAAUUGCCCAGCGCACGCUUCCGCGAGAUAGCUGCUUGGAAAAACCGCUUCUCCUUCAUGGCACGUUGCCUCCUGCCCGAUAUCAAUGAUGCAGGGUAUAUGAGAGAUAUGAGAGAUCCAGUAACGAUAGGAGGAGCUGUUGGAGAACAUGUCAUGAAGGACUUUUUUGACGCUUAUACCGCGCAGAAGACCGAAGCCAUGGUCUCGUACCUCGUCAACAGCACGACGAUGAUCAUCGACCACUGCGCUCGCUUGGGCAUGCCCGACGCUAGCGCCGUGCAAGCAGUCUGGGCGUUCAUAGAUAGGCUCAGCAUUUGA